ACCUUCUGUUUGGUGAUGAAAUAAUUACCAAUGGUUUUCAUUCCUGUGAAAGUGAUGAGGAUGAUAGAGCCUCACAUGCAAGCUCUAGUGACUGGACUCCAAGGCCACGGAUAGGUCCAUAUGCUUUUGUUCAGCAACAUCUCAUGAUUGGCACAGAUCCUCGAACAAUUCUUAAAGAUUUACUACCAGAAACAAUUCCUCCGCCUGAAUGGGAUGAUAUGACACUGUGGCAGAUUGUUAUUAAUAUCCUUUCAGAACCACCAAAAAGGAAAAAAAGAAAAGAUAUUAAUACAAUAGAAGAUGCUGUGAAAUUACUGCAGGAAUGCAAAAAAAUAAUAGUUCUAACUGGAGCUGGGGUUUCUGUUUCUUGUGGAAUACCUGACUUCAGGUCAAGAGAUGGUAUUUAUGCUCGUCUUGCAGUAGACUUCCCAGACCUUCCAGAUCCUCAAGCAAUGUUUGAUAUUGAAUAUUUCAGAAAAGAUCCAAGACCAUUCUUCAAGUUUGCAAAGGAAAUAUAUCCUGGACAAUUCCAGCCAUCUCUCUGUCACAAAUUCAUAGCAUUGUCGGAUAAGGAAGGAAAACUACUUCGCAACUAUACUCAGAACAUAGAUACACUGGAACAGGUUGCAGGAAUCCAAAGGAUAAUUCAGUGUCAUGGUUCAUUUGCAACAGCGUCUUGCCUGAUUUGUAAAUACAAAGUUGACUGUGAAGCUGUACGAGGAGAUAUUUUUAAUCAGGUGGUUCCUCGAUGUCCUAGGUGCCCAGCUGAUGAACCACUUGCUAUUAUGAAACCAGAGAUUGUCUUUUUUGGUGAAAAUUUACCAGAACAAUUUCAUAGAGCCAUGAAGUAUGACAAAGAUGAAGUUGAUCUCCUCAUUGUUAUUGGGUCUUCCCUGAAAGUAAGACCAGUAGCACUAAUUCCAAGUUCCAUACCCCAUGAAGUGCCUCAGAUAUUGAUUAAUAGGGAACCUUUGCCUCAUCUGCAUUUUGACGUGGAGCUUCUUGGAGACUGUGAUGUCAUAAUUAAUGAAUUGUGUCAUAGGUUAGGUGGUGAAUAUGCCAAACUUUGCUGCAACCCUAUAAAGCUUUCAGAAAUUACUGAAAAACCUCCACGAACACAAAAAGAGCUGGCUCAUUUGUCAGAGUUGCCACCCACACCUCUUAAUAUUUCAGAAGGCUCCAGUUCACCAGAAAGAACUUCACCACCAGAUUCUUCGGUGAUUGUCACACUUUUAGACCAUGCAAUGAAGAGUAAUAUUGAUGAUCCAGAUGUGUCUGAAUCAAAAGAUUGUAUGGAAGAAAAAUCACAGGCAGUCCAGACUUCUACUAGGAGCAUUGAAAGUGUUACUGAACAGUUGGAGAGUCCGGAUUUGAAGAACAUUAGCUCUAAUACUGUGGAGAAAAAUGAAAGAACUUCAGUAGCUGAAACAGUGAGAAAGUACUGGCCAGCCAAGAUUGCAAAGGAGCAGAUUAGUAAACGGCUUGAUGGUAAUCAAUACCUGUUUUUACCACCAAGUCGUUACAUUUUCCAUGGUGCUGAAGUAUAUUCAGACUCUGAAGAUGAUGUCUUACCCUCUAGUUCUUGUGGCAGUAAUAGUGAUAGUGGAACCUGCCAGAGUCCAAGUUUAGAAGAACCCCUGGAGGAUGAAAGUGAGAUUGAAGAAUUUUACAAUGGUUUAGAAGAUGAUCCUGAUAUUAAUGAGAGAGCUGGAGGAACUGAAUUUGGAGCUGAUGAAGGUGAUCAAGAGGCAGUCAAUGAAGCUAUAUCUAUGAAACAGGAAGCAACAGACAUUAAUUAUCCAUCAAACAAAUCAUAAUGUAGUAAUUUUCCAGGUACAGGAAUUGUUCCACCAGCAUUAGGAACCUUUAGCAUGUCAAAAUGAAUGUUUACUUGUGAACACGAUAGAACAAAGGAAACCGGAAAGAUCUAAUAUUUAUAGACUGGUAAAAUAGAUUUUUUUUUCAUAGAUUUUUAACUUCCUUAUUUCUGUACUUGUACACUUAACACUAAUUUUUUUUUUUUUUUUAAAGAAAGGUACUAAGUAUCUUUAACCUGCUCUUGGUCAAGACUUUUAAAGGUUCAUUUGUAUGAUACAUCCAUAUGUAUAUAUAAUUUUUGUUUAUACAUUUUUGCCUAGUGAGUUUCAACAUUUUAAAGUUUUCAAAAAGCCAUUGGAAUGUUAAGUUAAUGUAAAGGGAACAGCUUACCUAGACCAAAGAAUGGUAUUUUCAUUUUUAUUUACUAUUUCUUUAUAACAUUGAAUAGUUUGAAAUCCUCAAAUCUCUGUUCUGCUAAACUUUUGAUUCUUUAUUAGCACAAUUACCUAUUUUUAAACACUGGCAUUUUCCAAAACUUGUGGCAGCUAACUUUUUAAAAAUCUCAUAACAUGCAAUGUGAGUAGAAGGAAGUCAACAAUAUAUGGGAGAGCACUCAGUUUUCUUUGCUUUUUAAAGUAAGACUUGGUGCUAAAAGUUUCAGGAAUGUUGUAUUGUUCAAAUGAAGAUGGCUUUUGUACUUCUGUGGACAUGUAGAAAUGUCUAUAUUGGCUUAUAAAACUAAUCUGUAAAACAAAUAAAUGCUUUGGAAAUGUUUCAAUUGCUGUAGAAACAAUAGUGCCUGCCUGGGCCCCCUUAGUGUUGAGAGUAUUUCCCAUUGUUGUUUCAAUACCUAUCACUGUGGUAGAGCUUACAUUGAUUCUUUUCCACAAGUAUUAAACUGCCAAGAUGUGAAUAUGCAAAAGUCUUUAUGAUCUGUAGUAAUGAUAACUUUGGGGAGAGUGUAAUAUUAUGAACUGCUGCUUUUCCACACAUGAGGAGAGUGACAGGUUCCCUGAUUAUGGUUCCAAAGUAAUAAGAUAUUAAUUAUAUAUAACUCAGCCAGUAAAUACAUGUCUCCUGUUGGGAGUAUUUGGUGUAAUAAACACCAAAUUGCUAGCCUAGUACUAUGGAGAUGAACAUGAUGUAACUUGUAAUAGCAGAAUAGUUAGUGAAUGAAAUUAAUUCCUAUUGUGUCUUUAUUUAAAAGCUUAGCCUGCCUUAAAACUAGAGAUCAACUUUCUCAGCUGCAGAAGCUUCUCGCCUUUCAAAAAGUUCAUACUUUAUAAAGCUGCACACUAAACAAUUUUCCAGACUUUUCCCAACAUUACUCCCAAAUUAUAAAGUAUUCCUAUGUUGCUUUGGUAUUUAUUACAAUUUUUAAAAAGGGUUUGAAAUACAGCUGUUCUUUAAGCAUAAAAUACCCAGCUAGGACCAUUACUGCUAGAGAAAAAAUUUUAUUGAAUGGCCACUUCCCUACCUAAAAGGUGUCUCAAUCUAUUUUAUUUGGCUACACUAAAGAAUGCAGUAUAUUUAGUUUUUCAUUUGCAUGAUGUAUUUGUGCUAUAGAUGAUAUUUUAAAUUGAAAAUUUUGUUUUAAAUUAUUUUUACAGUGAAGACUGUUUUCAGCUCUUUUUAUAUUGUACAUAGUCUUUUAUGUAAUCUACUGGCAUAUGUUUUGUAGACUGUUUAAUGACUGGAUAUCUUCCAACUUUUGAAAUACAAAACCAGUGUUUUAUACUUGUACACUGUUUUAAAGUCUAUUAAAAUUGUCAUUUGACCUUU